GUUUUCGAGGCAUCACUCCACUGCGCGACGGCGUGCGCAGUCGCUGGACUAGGAAGUGCUGGAAGAGCAACUGGGAAAGUCACAAACGGGCAGUCACCAUGGCACAAGCUGAUAUCGCCUUGAUUGGACUGGCUGUGAUGGGCCAAAACCUAAUUUUGAACAUGAAUGACCAUGGCUUUGUGGUCUGUGCCUACAAUAGAACUGUGUCCAAGGUUCAGGACUUUCUAAAUAAUGAAGCUAAAGGGACUAAGGUGAUUGGCGCCCAGUCGCUAGAGGACAUGGUGUCUAAACUCAAGAAGCCCAGGCGAAUUAUUUUGCUUGUGAAAGCCGGGCAAGCAGUGGAUGACUUCAUUGCUAAGCUGGUACCCUUGCUUGAACCUGGUGAUAUCAUUAUUGAUGGAGGGAAUUCUGAAUACAGAGAUACCAAUCGGAGAUGCAGUGAGCUGAAGUCCAAAAACCUUCUAUUUGUGGGAAGUGGAGUCAGUGGAGGCGAAGAAGGUGCUCGAUAUGGACCAUCUCUCAUGCCUGGGGGGCACAAGGAGGCCUGGCCUCACAUUAAGGAUAUUUUCCAAAAUAUUGCUGCUAAAGUGGGAACAGGGGAACCGUGUUGUGACUGGGUUGGCGAUGAAGGUGCUGGUCACUUUGUCAAAAUGGUCCAUAAUGGAAUUGAAUACGGAGACAUGCAACUGAUAUGUGAGGCUUACCACCUAAUGAAGGACAUACUACACAUGGACCAUGAUGAAAUGGCAAAGGCUUUUGAAGAGUGGAACAAGACUGAACUGGAUUCAUUCUUGAUCGAAAUCACCGCCAAUAUCUUGAAGUUUCGAGAUACUGAUGGCAAACAUUUGCUACCUAAAAUCAGGGACACUGCAGGACAGAAAGGCACAGGAAAGUGGACGGCAAUCUCUGCACUUGAGUAUGGCACACCUGUCACUUUAAUUGGAGAGGCAGUCUUUGCUAGGUGUCUUUCCUCAUUAAAAGAGGAAAGAGUAGAAGCUAGCAAACAUCUGAAAGGACCCAAAGAGGCAGCUUUUAGUGGUGACAAAAAGAAAUUUCUAGAAGACAUCCGCAAGGCCCUCUAUGCAUCAAAGAUCAUUUCAUAUGCCCAGGGAUUCAUGCUUCUGCGUCAGGCAGCCAAGGAGUUUGGUUGGUCUCUAAAUUAUGGUGGAAUUGCCCUCAUGUGGCGAGGUGGAUGCAUUAUCAGAAGUGUUUUCUUGGGCAAAAUAAAAGAAGCAUUUGAAAGGAAUCCAGACCUUGAGAACCUUCUUCUGGAUGACUUCUUCAAAAAAGCUGUGCAGGACUGUCAGGAGUCUUGGCGGCGUGCAAUAAGCACAGGUAUCCAGUUUGGGAUCCCCAUGCCAUGCUUUGGAACAGCCCUAUCCUUUUUCGAUGGAUACAGACAUGAUAUGCUACCUGCUAACCUGCUGCAGGCACAAAGAGAUUACUUUGGUGCCCAUACUUAUGAACUGUUGUCAAAACCUGGAGUGUACAUCCACACAAACUGGACAGGACAUGGUGGCACCGUAUCAUCUUCCUCUUACAAUGCUUAGAGCCACUGAACCAAAAACUCCUAAGACAGGUGACCUAGAGAAGUUGGAGAUACUACAGAUGUACUGUAUAAUAUAAAAAUGCUUUUAGGAACUCCGCUUAAAGUAUUUUCUUAAAUAGUGAACUAAGGCAUAUAUUUUGUGUUUUACGAUUCUUUCAACCUGCUCUCAUUAGACACCCACCUGAUGUAUUUUUUCCAAUCAUGUGUAUGGGCUCACAGAAGGAGUGCACUUAUCACACACUGUAUUAGAGUCAUGAAAGUAAAAAUUAAAAUAAAAACUGAACUACCUUUUUAAA